AGGAAGCUGGGAUGUGACGCAUGCUGUGGGGAGGCACAGGUACAGCGUAGAGCAAUUCUUUUGAACCUUGGAUUGCAGCGCUCAUGACCUUACUCCCAGCGGCACGGAAGCCAAGAAGCUGUCCAGUAGUUUUCUCAGGGAGGAAAAAUGGCAGCUUCUCUAAGAAAACUGAAGCAAAUGGCUGUUUUCAUGGGGCUGUUCAGCACUGGGGGAUGCAUCCUGAUGUAUAAUCUUAUGCAAAAGAGUUUUGCCAGGACCCAGUAUUAUCAGCAGGCUUUGGAGCAAUUGAACAGCAAUUCUGAUGCCCUGGAAGCUCUGGGUGCGCCCCCUCUUAAGGUUCACAACAUCCGACUGACGGAUGGGAGUAACCGUGUGGACACAGAAAAAGCACAGAUAAAGUUACCGGUAUCUGGAACGAAAUCAGCUGGGUACCUCUAUAUUAACUCAGAGAUGGAUCACGCCCAUCAACGCUGGUGCCUCCAGGAUGUCACCUUGAAACUGCGGGAUGGUCAGAAUAUUCCAGUUUACCAUUCCCCAGUGGAAAGCAUCAGUGUGUCAGAAGCGUAAAAAUCAAAGGCAGCUGCUUCCCUACCUCCCAUUGAGCCAAAGGAGCCAUUAAUCGAUUGCAUCCUACUGUGUCUGUGAAUGUACACAGUUGUCACAAGUGACUUAAGUGGGUGCUCUUAAGGCAAUUUUCUCUCUAAGAUUGACCUCAUCAUUGUCAUAAUUGUAAUUCCUCUCUUUUGCUGGUUUGUUCAUGUGUUCAGCAGAAACCUACAAUAAAUAUCUUGCAAAAGAA